AUGUCUUCUCAAUCAAGAGUUAUCAGAAGAAAUUGCGCUUUUUGUGCAAAAGCUGAGAACAGGAAGCAAAUGAUCCCAGUCACGAAAAACAAGGAGCAACUUCUUGUUUGGAAUCAACGACUAGGAGCUGAGUUUCAGGAAAAUUGUGAGAAAACGAUUACUCCGUAUCUGUGUCUCUCACACUUUCCACGAAAGAAAGCAGAAUUUCCUCGGUCCAAAAUUAGUCCGUACUUGAAUGGAAAACCUCCUAAUUUGGCGAGAGAUGGUUAUUAUGCUACUUCAACUGAUUCCUCAAUUUCUUUGUCUUCAUCUUUGUCUUCUAAAUCUCUAGAUUCUUCUUCUGAUUUUGAUGUUGAAUCCGAUAAUGAGAGUGAGAACGACAUAUGUUCUGAAGAUGAUGUAUGA